GAAUGAUCAAUGAAGAUUUCGAAUAUCUUUUUUUGUGCGUGUUUAUUUAGCUUAUUAAUCGUGUUUUUCUUGUAUCUGUGGUUGACAUUAUACUUUAGAAACGUUGAAACUUUAUUUAUUUAUUUAUUUAUUUAUUUAUUUUUAAAUUUAGCCGUUGCCAAUUAGUUUUUAUUAUUUUCUCCCCAAUUUGAAAUGCCCAAUUAUUUUUUAGGCUCAGCUCACCGCUACUACCUCUGCGCUGACUCGGGAGGGGCGAAGUGAACACACGCUGUCCUAAAGCGUGUGCAGUCAGCCGCCCGCUUCUUUACACUCUGCAGACUCACCGUGCAGCCGCCUCAGAGCUGCAGCGUCGGAGGACAACGCAGCUCUGGGCAGCUUACAGGCAACCCCCCAGGCGCCCGGCCAAACUACAGGAGUCGCUGGUGCGCGGACACCCUGGCCGACCUAACCCUCCCUCCCCCCGGACGACGCUCGGCCAAUCCCGUCCACGGUCGGCUGUGGAAUAGCCUGGACUCGAACCGGACUCUAGCGAGUGCUUUUUACUGGAUGCGCCACUCGGGAGCCCCCGAAACGUUGAAACUUUAGAGCUUAAAACUUGGUCCACAAGUUUUGGAGUCCUCUUUAUCAUUCAGAGGAACUACUUUACUCUGCCCAUCAGUUUCAGUGGGACAAUCUGUCUAACUGGAAAUAGACUUUUUCUUCUGUACAGAAAAGCAAUUAUAAAGAAAUCCAAUUAGACUUAAGUAAAGAAAAUGUGUAAGAAAGAAAAUUCAGCUGCACAAUGACAGAGCUGUGGGCAUAAGAUUGUGAUAUGCAAAAUAAAGUGUAGGACAUUGACUAGACCAAGCGUAAUUUUUAAACCCUCACAGAAUUUUAUUUAAAUUUUAACACCAUCUGAACUUCCUUGUUGGGUGUCAGUUCUGUAUGACACAAGCGUUAUAGAGGAAGAGAGAAGAAGUUGAACAACAAGGCUUUGAAACAUUUGAUGUGCUAAAUUGUAGACUGCGUUUAAUUAAAACAGUAUAUCACAGCUAGAUUAUGUUGUGGCCUGCACGCAUAAAUUGCAUGCUAAUUUGUUUCAGGUGAAUGGUGCAUCUGAUGGAAGCAAAGGGGGGCUGUCUGUAUCAGCUGGUUUUGAAGUGCAAGUGCGUGAACAGAACAGACAGAGAUCAGUGGAAUCAACAGCUUCUUUACAGUAAACUGACUUGCGGUGGGCUGCUAAAGUAGGCUAAAAAUAGUGUAUCUAUAUCUUGUGCAGUAUAGUUUUUGUAGUUAAUUCACUGUGUCGGAAGUAAACACAGGCUGGUAGGUAAGACUUUUUCCUUGUAAGAUUUGCAUCACAUUUACUUGUUUUAUAUAUUUAUAGAGAGAGAGAGAGAGCGAGAGCGCUUCAGUGUUGGCCCCUGGACUGGUUCAAGGUUCUUCAAUCAGAUGCGAGUGUUUCACUGGAUAGAAGUUUCUCUUUUCCCACCUGCGCAGGAAAUACAUACAGGAAAAUGAAAGGGAGAAAGCCCAGUACCAGCUACUGCAGAGCAUUCUGACAGGACCAUUAAUAUCAAACUGCAGAGUUUAGCCCUACGUCUCAGGCCUGGCAUAGAACUCGGACUACAGCAGCCUCCCUUACUGCAGUAACUGAAGAGGACCAUCCAGCUUCAGAUUCAAGUGACCAAAUGCAGGAAUUCCAAAGUAAUGGAAUUUGCAGUCCGACCAGCUGUGUUUCAGAAGUGGAUGAAACAAAAGGGAUAUAUGCAUGUUCUGAAGUACAGGUGUUGAACAUUACCUUUGAAGCGUGUGACACUAUGGGCACAGGAGAAGUUCUGGCUUCCACUGUUAUGCAAUACUUGCAGGACAUGACAGCGCAAAGCCCUGAAAGAGGUAGACUGUUAAUGCUGUAUAAUAUGCUGGACCCUUACAGACAGGGUGUCGCAGUUAACAGAGACACGUUCCAUGCGACUAUGAAGAGAUGGAUUGUCGAGUGCAGCCAGGACUGCAUGCUGGAGGAGGACUGCCAGAAUGCGGAAACUGAGAACAACAGAACUCAUACAAAUGGGAAUGAAUUAUCUGCUGCUGAAACUGAAAAGGCCUUCCACGAAGGAACAGAUGGAUUAGACCAUGAAACAAGUGAUUUAAUUAAUCGCGUUGCAGAUCUACAGUAUGCAAACCAGAAGUUAAGUGAGCAAAACUCCAGCCUCCUACGAGCAGUGGAAAUGUGUGAAGAAGCUAACCUACAGCUGACUGAUGAAAUCGUCACACUGAAGAUCAAAUUAACAAGCUCCCAGCAGUCUGUUUUAAAUGCAAAGUCUCAAGCAGAAGAGCUUGAAGAGGCCAAAAGGGCAACAAUAGACUGUCAAGAAAGAGCCUGUCGGCUACAGACUUCCAGCAGUAAACUGAAAAGAGAAAAUGAAAGUUUAAAUACAAAGGUGCAAAUACUGGAAGAGAUGAAAGAAAAUCUUAAACAGGACAAAGAAUUGGCUAAAACCAGGAUUUCUGAACUAACAAAAACGAAAUCUGAGAUUCUGAAGCAACUUUAUGAAGCACAGAGCUUAUUGGCAGCAAAAGAUGCGGAAAUCACAGAGAAAAUCAAGUUUAUAGAAGAACUAAAGAAUUCCAGGCUGGAAAACCACAAAAUCAUUGAGGGGAUGCAUUUAGAACUAAACCGAUUGCAAGAAAACUCACAGCAAGAGCUUUUGAGAUGUACAGUCAGUCUUCAGAGCCCUACAGGACAACCUGGUGCCCUCCCACUGCUAAAGUCUCUGCAGUCAGAAAUCGAGGAGCUUCAGAAGGGCAGUCUUGAAGAGGUUGCCACGCCUAUUUGUGGCCUGUUGAUGACAUCAUCUCAGCAGAAAGAUGAUUUUCAAAUGAUUCUGCAACAGAUAAAAUCACAAGAAGACAGCAGCAUGUUUCAGACAGAGCCUGAAGCGAUGGCAAAUGACAUGAAGCUCCAGAUUGAUGCCUUCAUUACCUCAUGUCAGGGACUGGAUGUGCCUGAUGACCCUGCCCACCUGGUCAUUAUACAUAAGGAGGAGCUACAAAAGAAGAUGAGACAAAUCAUGUUGAACAAUAUACACCAGCUUGAUGGCCUGUUUACACUGAAAGAGGACUGGAAUAAAGCUUUGGAAAAAUUAGAAAGAGCCUACCUCCAGAGUCAACAGCAACAUCUCAACACCAAACACCAUCUAGCAAAUGUGAUAAGAGAGCUGGAGCUCCAGAAAGUGCUGAAGGACAAGGCUGAAGAAAGAGUCUCAGAACAGGAUCAUAGGGCAGCAGAAGCUGAAAAAGGAGCUAAAGAGGCAAAGAAGACGGCAACUGUCUCCUGGUGGAGAGCAAUGAAAGUGGAAGAGGAUAAGGUUAAAGCCAGGGAAGAGGCAGCUAGGCUGAAGACGAGGCUCUUAGAAACCGAAGGAAGACUGUUGCAAGCCCAAAGAACAAUCGAGGAGAUGGAAAGCAAGAUGACAGUGGAGGAGGAGAAGGUUAAAGCCAGGGAAGAGCCAGCUAGGCUGAAGAAGAGGCUCUUGGAAACCGAAGGAAGACUGUUGCAAGCCCAAAGAACAAUCGAGGAGAUGGAAAGCAAGUCAACCCGUUUAGAACAGAUGCUGUUGGAGUCACAGCAGAGGACCCUAACAGCUGAAAUAAGGGCCAGAGUGGCAGAAGACAAAAUGGCUGCCACCUUGAACAUCACUGAGAAGAAAGUUAAGGCUGUUGACCAAAGACUAGCUGAGUUACAAGAGGAGAGAAUUAAAGGUAUCCAAGCUGGGGAACAGAAAGCUAUGCAAGCUUUAAUAGAAGCAGACAGGUUCAAAAUGGAAGUCUGCCAGUUAAAUGAAUCUUCUUCAAACUUGCUGAUGAAAUCUGCUAUGGAAAUGGAGGCAAUGAAGAACAAUGUGUCUCGAGCAGCAGAGUUGGUCAGCUUGACAGAAAGGAGACUGGCUGUUGCUAAGGAGCGGAUAGAUACGGCAGAGAAAAGGAUACAAGUUACUAUAGAGAGAACUGAGAGUGCAGCUAUACAUCUCGAUUCUGUGGAAAAAGGAACAGCAACAAAUGAGUCUACAGAUUUGGGAUCAUCUAUGGUUUUAAGCAACUGCAGUUCUACAUAUUUUAAGACAAGUGAUCCAGAGAAAGAAGAGAAGAUGCCCAGUAUUUGCCAAGCUCCUCCAGUGAUCAAUGGCAAACUCAACUUACUAAGAGAAGAGAAUUCAGAAGAGACUGGGAGAAGAACAGGUGAGGCGCAGAGCAACAUAACUAAGAAGAACGACUGCGUAAUUCAGAUUCCUAGAGAAGGAAAUCAAGAAAAUAUACAGAUUCAGGGAAAAGAAAAUUCCUGGGCUUCGUUCCUUAAUAAACCUUUACUGCUGCACAGUCCUUUCUUCAGUACUGCUUCUGGGCAGCACUGUGACGGCCAUUCCACUGCGAGACUACAGACCACUCUGCUAGAUGCCUUGACUUUGGAACUUCUGAGGACAAGACAGCAGAGUGCAAGCUAUUGUUUUAAACCAUUACCACUGUAUCAGCACCGGGAAACAUGCGUGAAGUGUGCUUGUGAACAGAGAUAUGCUAGUGAAGUGAAUGAAGAAAAUGUAGAAAGGCCAAAGGUCUUAACCAGUGAUGAAAGCACCCAGACAGAGCCAGAAGACAAUGGGAGAAGUCAGGGCUCAGUGACACAACAUUGUGCUGCUCCUAACACAGAGAGGUCAUCAGAAGAUAAGGAGUGGCAGUACUUGCCUCAGGAAUUGAGCAAGAGUCUCACCGAGCAGCCAGCUCCAGACUUCGCCCAUCCAGCUCCAGACCUCGCCGAUCCAGCUCCAGACCUCGCCAAUCCAGCUCCAGACCUCGCCGAUCCAGCUCCAGACCUCGCCAAUCCAGCUCCAGACCUUGCCGAUCCAGCUCCAGACCUCGCCGAUCCAGCUCCAGACCUCGCCAAUCCAGCUCCAGACCUUGCCGAUCCAGCUCCAGACCUCGCCGAUCCAGCUCCAGACCCCGCCAAUCCAGCUCCAGACCUCGCCGAUCCAGCUCCAGACCUCGCCAAUCCAGCUCCAGACCUUGCCGAUCCAGCUCCAGACCUCGCCGAUCCAGCUCCAGACCCCGCCAAUCCAGCUCCAGACCUCGCCGAUCCAGCUCCAGACCUCGCCGAUCCAGCUCCAGACCUUGCCAAUCCAGCUCCAGACCUCGCCAAUCCAGCUCCAGACCUUGCCGAUCCAGCUCCAGACCUCGCCAAUCCAGCUCCAGACCUCGCCGAUCCAGCUCCAGACCUCGCCAAUCCAGCUCCAGACCUCGCCGAUCCAGCUCCAGACCUCGCCAAUCCAGCUCCAGACCUUGCCGAUCCAGCUCCAGACCUCGCCAAUCCAGCUCCAGACCUUGCCGAUCCAGCUCCAGACCUCGCCAAUCCAGCUCCAGACCUCGCCGAUCCAGCUCCAGACCUCGCCAAUCCAGCUCCAGACCUUGCCGAUCCAGCUCCAGACCUCGCCAAUCCAGCUCCAGACCUCGCCAAUCCAGCUCCAGACCUUGCCGAUCCAGCUCCAGACCUCGCCGAUCCAGCUCCAGACCCCGCCAAUCCAGCUCCAGACCUCGCCGAUCCAGCUCCAGACCUUGCCAAUCCAGCCUCCCGGGCCCCCGGACCCAGGUACCCUCCUUCGUUCCAGACCAUGCCCACCCUCCCAGAAGAAGAGGAGGAGGAUGAAGCAGCAGAGGAGCAGGACAGCUCGCCCCCUUCCCCACAGGUUGUAGCUGUUGAAGCCAGAAUGGUCAGUGCCCCCUCUAUUGUCUUCCCUGGGGAAGCUGUCACUGCAAACCAGGAGCCUAAUGCACUUUCACAGAGCAGACCCCACAGCCCAAGACAUCGCCCUCGGAGUUCUUUUUCUUCAGCGAGCUCCAUCACCACAGUUGACAGCACAGGUCAUGUGAUUGACCUAGUAAAAGACCAGCUGCCAGAUGUUAAGCUCUCAGACAAAGACACAAAGAAGAAUCUGGAGCUGCUUGAGGAAGCAAAGAAGGUCAGUGAGCGAUUCUUCAUGCGGAGGGGUCGAAGGUCAACCUGCAGCGUAUCAGAUUCUCCAACAGGUGUCUCUCCCAAUCUCACUCCAGUGUCCUCUCCAGUAACUUCACGAAGCAGCUCCCUCACUCAGCCCCCCCAGAUUGCCUCAGAUGGAACUGCAGUUAAUUCUGCUGGGACCUCACCCACGCCUCAGCAUCUGGAUGUUCCCAGUGCUAGAGGACAGACAGACAGCAUAGGGCUGGAUACUGAGAGCCCCAGAAAGGGACUGGUGGAUCGACAAGUCAACGAGCAAUGGAAGAUUUCUCAAGGAUUGCUUUCACCUCGGCAUGGCUCCUAUGGAAACUCCAAAGAAGCGUUGUCAGAACAGAAAGAGAACUGUGAUCCCCGACUCGACCCUCCAAACACUGAAAGCAGGAAGCUUUGCAUCGGACUCGUUACAAACAUUGGAGAGGAGUCCCCUGCCAUGGUACAAAGAUCUGUGGAGUACAAUGACUGUCCCUCGGGGAACGCACAACCACAGAAAUCUGCUGCCGGUGCUGUGAACCCCGGCCUGAAGGCCCCCACUAAAGCCCACAAGGACCCCAAAGGCGCCUGUACAGCAGAACUCAAAUCCUUUGGCUCUGGCCCACCUCUCAUGAGAGCUGUGUCCUGGGAUGGCAUGGAGCAGGCAAGUUUGAGAAACGGAGCCCAGGAUUUGCCCACCAUGACUGACAAGAGUUUUACUUUGUAUGACAAAUCCAGUAGUCAGCUGCUAAAAUCUACAGGGUACAAGGACUUCCCCGUGCAGCCAGUCAAAACGCAGAAACUAGUCAAGCUAAGAGAGGAAAAUAAGUUAUUGCGAAACCAAACCAUGGCUGGAUUAAAGUUGCCGGAUCUCAGUGAAACAGCUGAACAGGAAAGAGGCCCCUCUCCUCUAACUUCCCUUCCUCCGCCAAUGGAAGAGGAACCCAAAGAAAAAUCUGAUGUCAUGCCAAACAUUUCUGAUGUCAUGCUUCGCAAACUCAAAGUCCUCAGAUCCCUACCUGGCAGUGUACCUCCCCUCACAGAAAAAGAAGUUGAGAAUGCUUUUGUCCAGCUCUCCCUGGCCUUUCGAAACGACAGCUACACUCUGGAAACAAGACUGCGUCAAGCAGAGAGAGAGAGAGCCCAGACUGAGGACAACACUGACAAGGAGCUGGAAGAUUUCAAAGGAGUCAUUAAGGGUUCAAUCCUGCAAUGGCAGAACUGUGAGCAACGGGAAUCCUAUGAGAGGCUGUUGGAGACGAUAGCAGUGUUCCAUCGUCUAGCAUCCCGACUGUCCAGUCGAGCGGAAAUGGUUGGAGCCGUACGGCAGGAAAAACGGAUGUCAAGAGCUACUGAAGUGAUGAUGCAGUAUGUGGAAAAUUUGAAGAGAACGUAUGAAAAGGAUCACGCAGAACUUAUUGAGUACAAAAAGCUGGCAAACCAGAAUUCAAGUCGUUACGGAGCAGCUGACAGUGGAGAAGAUGGUGUGCCUCGUGCGUCCAGAUCUAUGUCUCUGACCCUAGGAAAGGCCUUGCCACGCAGAAGGGUCAGCGUUGCUGUGGUCCCGAAAUUCAACUUGUUGAAUAUUUCUAACCAGUCACCCGGGGCUGUGACCAACACGUCAUUACCUACAUUGUGUGAGGUGAACGGUGGGAGAAACAGUGCACCUAAAAGCCCAGUGCAACCACCUAUAACCGAGAAUGGAAAAACAAGUCAGGACCAGGAAAAUGCUACUCCUGUUCCUGCCCCACCUCCAUGCAGCCGAGAUGAAAUCAGGUCGGAGAUAAAAGCUAAGAUUGAGGAGGACGCCUACAAUAAAGGGUACCAAGAAGGAUUAAAGAGAAGUAAAGAACUACAGGAAGUGAAGGAAGAGGAGGAGAAAAUAGAUGAAAGUCAGAAAGAAGCAGAGGAAAAGGAAAAAGAAUUGGAAAUGGAAAAGGAAAUAGAAAAUAAAAAGAGCAGCAAAUUUGAAGAAGCUCUGGAUUAUAUUGACAGACUGUGUCCAAAGGUUUUCAGACAGCAUCGCUUGGUCUGGAUUAUUGCAGCUGUUGUGGUGAUCCUGGCUUUCAUAGUUUGCAUUUUCACAUCCUAUAAUAACUCCAGCACUGAAGUGGCUGACACGUCUCCUGGAAAGAGCGUGUGCUCCGGCAAAAAGCAGAACUUUGAGUGGAAUGUAGGACUGCAGCACAAGAACCCCACACCAGAAUAACACAGAAGUCUCAUUCAUAAGCUUUUGCACACGCACUGUAACAAACAUCAAGAAGAUGGGUUUAGCUAUCCAAAUGGGUACUGUAGUAUAAUACCAAUCACAGUAAUGAUACAAAUAAUAAAAUAUGAAGAAGCUGCUUAUUCAGUACCCUGAUCAGUUACACAGGUUUACUGGGGCGGACAGACGAACCUAAUGAGGAAUGUACCCAGAGCUUUUGAUGGAUAUUUUUAACACUCCCUCAAUGUUUAAAGACUUUUUUUGAAUCACUGCUCGUUAUCAGGUGUCUAAAGUUGUUGCCUUGUUUUGGACAAAGAAGUAGGGUUGUCUAGAAAUAUUGUUGGACAGAGAGAACCCAAAUUCAUGAUCAGCUGUCUCAGGUUAGAUAAGGACUGAGUUUCAAUGCAGUGAUGUAUUGAAGUAUUAUUAUUAUUAUUUUUUUUUUUAAACUUUCAGAGAGGUAAAAUGUUACUUUCUUAGAUAAAAUAUUCUAUAUUGUGUAUUUAAGCAGAGUAAUAGAAGUAGUUUUUAAAGUGCAAUAUUUUUGUAAUAGAAAUACACAACUGUUUGGAUUUAUUCACAGCACUGGUUUUAUCAGUAGAGGGGGUUGAUUAUAAAGGAGCACUAUUUUUGAUUAGCAUGAUAAUAUUUAAUUUUUUUAUAUCAUUGUAAAACUUUGCACAUGUGUGCUACCAUCGUACUGUAUAGUGCCACAUACUUGAGUCUUGAAAUAAAGAUGCCUUAAAACCUCUUUUCUUAAGCAAUUCCUUGAGCGUCUUACUGCAAUUAUUUUUUAUAGCUAAAAAUGUAAAGAACAAACUACACGCGAAGAAUAUAGAAAACUGGCAAGCUAGCAUCAACUGUUAAACCUGAAUUCCUACCAACAUGCAUUUGUAUACUGUACAAUAUUCAGAUUUCUUAAACGAACAGCCUUGUUUGUACUUGAAAGAGAAUAUCAGGGGCUUUGUUUCGUCUCUGGCUUGCAACUUGUUGAAUAUAUUUAUUAAUUUAUGAAUUGGCCUAUCUGUCUGUCUGUGUCUAUCUAUUCAUCUAUCUGUUUUUUUUAUGAUUUUUCUUGUUUAUUUUCAAGAUUAAGUUUGAUAUUUAUAACUGUUAUUUCAAUCAUCUUUGUUAUAGAUUGUUUACUUGUUAGAUUCUACAGCUGGGGGGUGGGAUGAAUGGUGGGAUUGGAAGGAUGGGGUGUUGUCUAAAUGCUUCCCUUAGCUUUUGUUGAUGUGUUUUUUUAUAUGUAGUGCAAUAAAAACUCAAAACGAUUACAGCACACUGAGUGUGUAUUAAUAGAACUAAGUGAUGACAACUCCUUGAUUAAGAUCAGGUCUACCUCAAUGUGUGGAAUGUGGCAGUAAUUGCUCAUUUCAACAACGUUUUCUGUCUUUUCCUUAGCAGUGAGUUAUCUUUCAUCGGCUCCUGCGUUUUUUAAUUUGAACAGGAAAUCACUAAUGAAAUCUAAAGUACAGUUUCAUUUUUAAGUAACCAAGCCCUUGAGAAGGGGCCUGUUGACAGAUCUCUCCAGUGUAAAGUGACUCAGUGGAUUGCAGAAGUACAUGAUGCCUUUUGGUUCCAGUUCCAUUGGGGUCUAUCUUAGUUUAGAGGCACUUGAGCUUUUGGGGUUUAAACCUCGUUCCUGGUGGGACUUGUAGCCCCACCACAAACCCCUCAUCACAUACUUGGUUAUCCUUUCUCAAAAAGAUCAACACAAUUAUAGCAAUUAUUUGUAGAUUACAUACCAAAUGUUUAGAUUUGAACAGCAUUUUCAAGAGUUGCAAACCUAUUUGUGUAUAUAAACCAAUGAUAAUAAAUAUUAAUAAGUGUGA